GGCCCGCCGCCCAGCCCUCCCCCUGGGCGGGGACCCGCCCGCCGUCAGGAUCCCCGAGGAGGAGGACGAUGAAGACGAAGAGGACGGUGGCGGCCGGGCCGGCUCGGUAAUGGUGAUCGGCGGCAACGGGAGCGGCACGCUGGCCUCCGGGCUGCUCCUUGAGGACUCGGCCCGACUACUGGCUCCGGGAGGGCAGGACCCUGGGUCCGGGCCAGUCCCCGCUGCGGGCGCGCUGAGCGGGGGGACGCAGACGCCCCUGCAGCCCCAGCAGUCACUGCCACCGCCGCAACCCGGGGCGGCUGGGGGGUCGGGGCAGCCGAGGAAAUGCUCGUCGCGGCGGAACGCUUGGGGUAACCUGUCCUACGCCGACCUCAUCACCCGCGCCAUCGAGAGCUCCCCGGACAAACGGCUCACUCUGUCCCAGAUCUACGAGUGGAUGGUGCGUUGCGUGCCCUAUUUCAAGGAUAAGGGCGACAGCAACAGCUCUGCCGGCUGGAAGAAUUCUAUUCGACACAACCUGUCAUUGCACAGUCGAUUCAUGCGGGUCCAGAAUGAGGGGACUGGCAAGAGCUCUUGGUGGAUCAUCAACCCUGAUGGGGGGAAGAGUGGGAAGGCACCCCGACGACGGGCUGUCUCCAUGGACAACAGCAACAAGUAUACCAAGAGCCGGGGCCGCGCAACCAAGAAGAAGGCAGCCUUGCAGACAGCCCCAGAGUCAGCUGAUGACAGUCCUUCCCAGCUGUCAAAGUGGCCUGGCAGCCCCACGUCACGCAGCAGUGAUGAGCUGGAUGCGUGGACGGACUUUCGUUCGCGUACAAAUUCCAAUGCCAGCACAGUCAGUGGCCGUCUGUCACCCAUCCUGGCAAGCACAGAGUUGGAUGAUGUCCAGGACGACGAUGCACCGCUCUCCCCCAUGCUCUACAGCAGCUCAGCCAGCCUGUCGCCCUCAGUCAGCAAGCCAUGCACCGUGGAGCUGCCACGGCUGACCGACAUGGCAGGCACCAUGAAUCUGAAUGAUGGGCUGGCUGACAACCUCAUGGACGACUUGCUGGAUAACAUCACCCUCCCAUCGUCCCAGCCUUCGCCCACUGCGGGGCUCAUGCAGCGGAGCUCUAGCUUCCCGUACACCACCAAGGGCUCUGGUCUGGGCUCUCCAACCAGCUCCUUUAACAGCACAGUGUUUGGACCCUCAUCUCUGAACUCCCUGCGCCAGUCUCCCAUGCAGACUAUCCAAGAGAAUAAGCCAGCCACCUUCUCUUCCAUGUCACACUAUGGCAACCAGACACUCCAGGACCUGCUUACUUCAGACUCACUCAGCCACAGCGAUGUCAUGAUGACCCAGUCGGACCCCUUGAUGUCUCAGGCCAGCACUGCUGUGUCUGCCCAGAACUCCCGCCGGAACGUGAUGCUUCGCAGUGACCCAAUGAUGUCCUUUGCUGCCCAGCCUAAUCAGGGGAGUUUGGUCAAUCAGAACUUGCUCCACCACCAGCACCAAACCCAGGGAGCUCUCGGUGGCAGCCGUGCCUUGUCAAAUUCUGUCAGCAACAUGGGCUUGAGUGACUCCAGCAGCCUUGGGUCAGCCAAACACCAGCAGCAGUCUCCUGUCAGCCAGUCUAUGCAAACCCUCUCGGACUCUCUCUCAGGCUCCUCCUUGUACUCAACUAGUGCAAACCUUCCUGUCAUGGGCCAUGAGAAGUUCCCCAGCGACUUGGACCUGGACAUGUUCAAUGGGAGCUUGGAAUGUGACAUGGAGUCCAUUAUCCGUAGUGAACUCAUGGAUGCUGAUGGGUUGGAUUUUAACUUUGAUUCCCUUAUCUCUACACAGAACGUUGUUGGUUUGAACGUGGGGAACUUCACUGGUGCUAAGCAAGCCUCAUCUCAGAGCUGGGUGCCAGGCUGAAGGAUCACUGAGGAAAGGGGAAGUGGGCAAAGCAGACCCUCAAACUGACACAAGACCUACAGAGAAAACCCUUUGCCAAAUCUGCUCUCAGCAAGUGGACAGUGAUACCGUUUACAGCUUAACACCUUUGUGAAUCCCACGCCAUUUUCCUAACCCAGCAGAGACUGUUAAUGGCCCUUUACUCCGGGUGAAGCACUUACCCUUGAACAGAAUUCUAUAAAGUAUGCAAAAUCUUCCUUGUACGGGGUGACGAGCCACAUGCCAGCGGAGGACCCUCAGCACCGCCCACCCUCGCUCAGAGCACACCUUGAGCCCCCCGUUGGCAAUUCUGUGGUGUUUUAAUAUUGCGAUGGUGUAUGGGAUGUUUUAAGUGUCGUUCUUGUGUUUGUUCUUCUUUGACUUUCUGAGUUUUUCACACGCAUUAACUUGCAGUAUUUUUCUGUUAAAAUGUUAACCAUCCUUCCCCUGGCAAAUUUAAAAACAGAAGGAAAAUGUACCAGUUACCAUUCCGGCUUUGGGCAUCACAAGCUCUUGAGCCCAUGGCACUCCAUCAGCUAACACAUUACAUAAACUAUAGGGGGAUUUCCUUUCUUCUUUUGUUUGGUAGAAAGUUAUUCUUUUCUAAAAACUGAACAAUGGCACAAUUGUUUGCUUUGCGCACCCGUCCACAACUGAACCAUGCAUAGGCAAAGCGAGGGGAGCAUGGCGUCUGACCCAGUGUGUUCUCAGUUUUGAGUCAGGGUGGUCUGUGGAAGAGACCCCAGCACCUGGUCUCCAGCUGCCAGGUCAGUAGGGCCUGGUCUCCUGUCAGUAGCUUCAGCUAAUGUGGUAAACAGUGUUGGUCUGUUGGUUAGAAACUAGGGUCUUUUCAGGAAAGAAAUCAGUUCAGCUCUCCACUCAUUGCCAAAUGCCACAAAAGGAUUUAAAGAGAAAAGAAAUGG